GUUCAGGUGGGUCCGAUUGCUGCCCGCUUUACUGUUUAUUGGGACUUCUUUAGUUGGGAUUGGACGAAGGGGCCGUAUAAGUAUGAUAGCACUUCGGGACUUGACGGGGGUUAUUGCAUCCUCAUCGUCGGAUAACACCGGUGCUUGGAUCUUCAGGAACUCAUGGGGCCCUGGAUUCCGGGUCGAUGGGUAUGGGAACUUGGCGUACGUCUCCCCUUCUUCCCCCCUUCUUCCCCCCUCUUUCUUUUAGGAUCACUUGCUGAUGAGUUUCCUUGGGUAGCUACGGAACAGCUCAAAUCGACAACUGGACCAAAUUCGGCACCACAAACGUCAACCCCGAUCCCUGGACCAGAAGACGGCACCACAACGGCAUACUCUACCAAUCCGGCAACCAUCCUGCAAUCCGGUCACGCGCUCGUACAAUCUAACGUGAAUCUCGAUCUCAACGACCCUAAUUCGGCGGGGAAUCUCUACGUAGUAGCCGUCCCCGCUUCUGGCAAGAUGCAAAUGUUCUACCGCGCCAGCUCCAACAACCCUUCUUGCCAUUGCUCUCUUAAUAAGACGUGGAUCUCCACCGAAACCUUCGAGUCUGGGAUAGGUGAUACGGCGCCCGUUAUGGUGCAGGAUUAUUGGAGGACACAGGACGAGAACACACCGGGAGGAUUCCAACUGCUGGUGGUGGUGAAUGGGCAGGUGCAGCAUUGGCAACGUGUAAACACCGACAUAACCAGUAAUCCUCCGAAGGCUGGCGGUAAGUAAUUCUCCCUUCUCCUAUCUUUAUGUCCCAUUCUUUCGAGUUUGGCGCAUCAGGACUGAUGAUUUGCAGGACCGGGGAGAUGGCACCACGUCCUCACGUUCGGGAUU